AUGUGGUCUGUAGAUUUAAUCAUUAGCUGAUAUUUAAAAACAGGCUGGGUGUGUAUGUUGAUGUUUGGACACGCCUCCAGCGUACAUGAGUGUCAGGUUUCCUAGGGCGUGUCAGGGACCUAAGGAUCCGGGUUAUGUGUUUGUGUCACAGCUUUCAGUUUGGUUGUUUCGGGCAGAGGGAGCAGAAAUAUUCAGGUAUGGAAAAGUGAGCCACAGUUAAAUGGGAAAGAUGAAUGAAGAACUUCAAAGUAGCGAGGGCUGGCUCGCCAAAGGGAUGACAGGCAGCAUUCCGUCGUCACCCGGGCAGAAAAGGGUCAUCCACUUUGUCAGUGGUGAGACCCUAGAGGAGGAGUCCAGCGAUGAAGAGGAGCUCUUCGACGAGCCAGUCGAUACGGCUCAGCUGUCAUGGAGGGCAUAUUCCCGCUUGCUUUGGGGGCAGUUUCGUAGGAAGUCCUUUCGGACCUGUGAUUAUAUGGGGGGAAAACUGGCCAGUCUGGCUGGACUUAAUGAGGCCAGGUACCAGUAUGCAGCUGAUGAACAUGAGCGUUGGAAGAAAAAGCUAUCAAGACGUGAAAGUACUGCUGGCGGCUCUUCCAUCAUGAAUAAGAAGAGGCAUCUUUCUUCCCGGACUACCAGUUGCUAUGGGACAACAGGUUCUCCAGCAGAGCCCUGCCAUCCAGGCUCUGUGGUCAAUACAGAUCACAUACCAGAAGGGUCUUGCAACAGAGGGUACCAGGAAGACAAACAAUAAACACUGCACAUGCAACAAUGUACUUUUAAAAAAUUCCCAUGCCUCUUCAAACGUUUUGCUAUUUAACUCCAUCCAGUUUACAGUUUCUAGUUUGAGUCUCAU